UUUUAUCUCCUCAGUUGAACUUUCAGCGUCUUACAGGACAAGAGGAUUAGAUUUUCUCUGCAGCAGCAGGAGGAGGAAGAGGAUCAGAGCCGAGCACUCGACUCACAGCAGAGAGUGGAGAUGUGUGGACGCCUCCUCCUGCUGCUGCUGGUCCUGGUCCUGGUGCUGGCCCACGGGCUGGCGGUCGACCUGCUCCAGGCUCAGGUACGACACCCUCUGCCGGUACUGUGGAUGAUGCCGGUGGACUCUGGGUCAGGGAGCCAAAACCUGACGGCCGGUGUAGGUUCAGCCAUCAGAAUGGCUCUGCAGGACCUGAAGAAACAACCAGCACCACUGGGAAACUACGAGAUCCAGCUCCACCUGGUGGACUCACAGUGUGAUCCUGCCAAAUCACUCAAAGCUCUGUUUGACACCAUGUGGGAGGGGCCAAAGUACCUACUGGUGUUUGGAGGGGUGUGUCCAUCUGUGACCACGAUCAUCACGCACGCUCUGCCCGCUCUCAACCUGGUGCAGGUGUCUUUCGCAGACACGUCACCCAGUCUUGCUAACAGGAAGUGGUACAGGAACCUGUUCAGCCUGAUGCCGUCGGAUCGCGUCGUGAACCAGGCCGCGGUCAAACUGCUGCAGCGCUACCAGUGGGCGAGAGUGGGCGUUGUCACACAGGAGACGCCCCGCCUCUCCCAGAUGAAGACGGAUCUGCUGCGACAGCUGCUGAAGACUGACGUCCACGCUGUUUCCACACAGAGUCUUUCUAACGACGUGUGCAGCAGUCUGCGGAGGCUGAAGGAUCAUGACGUUCACAUCGUCAUCGCACACGUUGAGGAAGAUUUAGUUUCUGAGCUUUUCUGCUGCGUUUACAGGCUGAACCUGUUCGGACCUCAGUACCAGUGGAUCGUCUUCGACAGCGGGACGGCGGGCUGGAGGCUCGGGUGGCGAGCGUCGGCGUGUGAGCUCAACAGUCUCGCGAUGGCGGCAGACGGAUCCAUCAGACUGCAGAUCACAGCGCUCGCCAACGCCAACACGCCGGGCGUCUCAGGACGGACACCCCAGAACUUCCUGGACUCCUACCUCGGACAGCUGGUUCAGGAGGGGUCAGAGGUCAGCUCCCUCCACGCAUUCGCCUACGACAGCGUGUGGGUGGCCGCCACGGCUCUGGGUCACGUGAUGGAGGCGGUGAAGCGGCGUCAGAAGUACGGCAUUCAGAGAAACGUGACGGUCAGCGGCGAGGAGGAGGAGGAGGAGGAGGAAGAGGAGGAGCAGAGGAUGUUGCUGGACGCCAUCAAGAGGACGAGGUUUGAUGGAGUCACGGGAGAAGUUCGGUUUAGAAACGGAGAGCGAAUGUCGACCAUUGAGCUGAUUCAGUUUCAAGACAGCAGUGGUGUGUUAGUGGGUCUCUUCUCCACAGUCACAGAGCAGCUGCAUCUGCACGAUCACCUGCUCAAGUUCAAAGGUGUGACACCAGCCACAGACCACACCCUGGUACGUCUGCAGCGCCUCCAUGUGACCGUCCUGCUGUACUGCAUCGUGUCCUCUGCUGCAGCUGUGACCGUCUUCAUCACUCUGCUCGUCCUCUGCUUCGUCAUCAUCAGUGGAAGACUCUGGCUUCUGGGGUCCAGCAGCAGAACCCAGGACGUGCUGCUCCUGCUGGGCCUCCUGCUCUCCUCCUCCUCAGUCGUGCUCUCUGGUCUGGACGGAGUGUCAGUGUCUGAGUGGACGUUUGAACUUCUCUGCUCCGUUCGUCUGUGGACGUUGUCCGUGGGUCACACUGUAGUCUUUGCUGUGUUGCUCUCCAAAACAUGGACGCUCUACUUUCUCCACAGAGUCAAACAGAAGCAGCAGCAGAGUUGUCGUGUUCUGCUCUGGAUUUUCCUGCUAGAUGCGUUUGUUUUGACCUGCUGGCAGAUCCUGGACCCGCUCAGACGGGUGGAGCUGCAGCAUCGCUCACAGAGCGACUCUGCCGACCCCGGCGUCCUCACACAGCCGUUCUCUGAACACUGCAGCAGCACAAACAUGGAGCUGUGGCUCACCGCCGUGUGUGGAUACAAAGGCCCCCUGCUGGGUCUGGGAUGUUUUCUGGCCUGGAACAUCAGGUCUGUGGAGACGAACCGUCCUGGCGUCUCCGGCCGACGUCUCACGCCGAGCGUAUUUGCUGUGGCGGCGUUCAGCGCGUCAGGGGCCACGGCGUCUCUGCUGACGACCCACAAUCCUCCUCUUCAGUUCUGUGUGAGCAGCGGCCUCAUCCUCAGCUGCAACGUCUUCAUCCUGACCUCCAUGUUUGCUCCGACAAUUUUAAACGUGUGGAUGAACCGUGGCGGUGAUGAUGAUGAUGAUGGUGGAGGUGGAGGUGGACAGCAGCAGGAUGAAGCUGCCUCAGAGGAAGGCGACAAACAGUCGAGCAGGUUAAACACACAGCUGAAGAGUCGAAACGCACAGCUCAACGUAGAAAUAGAAAGUGUAACGACGCAGCUGUGCAAGGCGACCGAGGCGAGAACAAAAAACGGUGAGGUCCGAUCUGUGAGCUGGAGCGACGAAGCUCGAGUCUCUGACGAUGGAAACUCCCGGAGGAAGCGGUCGAGUCCAGACGACGUCAACUCUCCCGAAAACGUGCAGCGGCGUCUCUCCGUGCAGCUGCCGAUCCUCCAUCGCUCCUACCUGCCCGUCAUCGGCGGCGUCAGCUCCAGCAGCUCCGGUCUGUCCGACCUGGAGCCGCGUUACAUUUGAGCCAGUCACAUGAUAUUAUUGAUUAUUGAUUCUAUGUGUGUGUUCUAACAUGAAUGUCCUGGAUUGAACGAAACCAAAUGAAUAAAGCUGAACAUAA